AUGGUCCUGAUGAAGAUCGCUAUAGCGGGAACAAAUGGCCUGGCGCAGUUGUUGGCGCACGAGAUCGAAUCUUCUUCCACCAGCCAGUUUGUUUUCCUUUCGAGGCGGCCUGUCGAGGGGCUGGCCAAGAAGGGGUGGCAGGUGAUGGUGGUUGACUAUCGCGAUCAGCGAGCGCUUCAGUUCAAGCUCGCCGGCACAGACGUUGUGCUCUCGACGGUGUGCGGCGACGCACAAGUCGCCCUGAUGGAGGCUGCUGCUGCGGCCAAGGUCAAACGCUUCGUGCCUUCAGAAUUCUCGGGCAAUCCCUCGCGUCGUCCAACGAGCGACCUCAUUGACAAGGGACAUCGAAGAGCCAUAGUCCGUCUGGCUGGCCUUGAAUCAACUGGCAUGCGCUUCUGUACAUUCACCUGUGGAGUCUUCUAUGAAAGAUUCGGUCCGGGAGGACUGGCACAAGUACAGAUCGCCAAGGGCAGCGGCAUCGAUGCAGAGGGUUGCUUCCUCCUCAACGUGCGUCGAUGUACAGCAAAGUUGCCGCCCUCAAGAGGACAAGACGGAAGCUCCGUCAAGGUCAGCAUGGUGUCACUACGUGACCUUGCCCGAUCCAUUGUCGCUGCACUCAAGCUGAAGACAUGGCUAGAGAUGGAAGCAGCAGCUACGAUGCGAGGUCGGCGCUUUGAUGUCCAAGAGCUCUCUCGGCCUUCGCUAGUAUCGGCGAUCAGCUCGGCGCAGCACGCCCGAGAUCUAGACAAAGAGUUGCAACUCCACCAUCUCCUUGCCACCUCGGAUGGAUGGUUUGACUUCUCGCAGCCGGACUUGAAUACUCGGAUCGAUCUUCAAUUUGAACCAUUCCGGAGCUGGCUGCAAAGAGUAUGGGCAGAUGCAUGA